GUAGAGACAGUAGUUGUGCUUGUGGUGAAGUGGGAGUUGCAAGCAAAGUGUCUGGUGUGCCUCAAGGAUCUGUGUUGGGACCCUACACAUUCCCGAGUCCCGAGGUUAUUAUGGGGGAUGACUUGGUGCUCAGCUGGGAUAUUCAGGACCUCACAGUAACAACCACAACACGCUCUUUCCUGGGUCCUGACACCGUCAGACACCACACACUGCUCAACAAUGUCCGAGGGUAUGCUAAAUCGGGCACUCUUUUGGCGAUCAUGGGACCAAGCGGAGCAGGAAAAACUACCCUUCUGGCAGCACUCAGUCAGAGAACCACAGGGAAUAUGAGUGGGAACGUGUUGCUGAAUGGACGAGCAGUGGACAGAGUGUUGAUGGUGAAAAUAUCCGGAUUUGUUCCUCAACAGGAUUUGGCUCUAAGCUGUCUUACAGUCAUGGAACAUCUCACAUUUAUGGCAUCAUUGAAACUGGAUCAGAGAGUGUCUGGCAGUCAUCAACAACGUAUCAUUUUCAAACUCAUAAAUGACCUGAACCUUGCGUCUUGCAGCUACACACAGAUAUCAGCACUGUCUGGUGGGGAACGGAAAAGGCUGUCUUUAGCUGCACAGAUGUUGACAGACCCUCCCCUUCUGUUCUGUGAUGAGCCGACGACAGGCCUGGACAGUUACAAUGCAUCUUCUGUGGUUAACGUCCUGCAAACCCUCACAUCCAGAGGUAAAACCGUGAUAUGCACUGUUCAUCAACCUUCGUCCGAAGUCUACGCAACGUUUCACAAAGUUUGUCUGCUGUUACCGGGCGGAUCAUUGGCAUACUUUGGAGAUGUCGCAAAUACACAGGAAUACUUCCAAAGUUUAGGCAUGGUGUGUCCUCCGCUUUAUAACCCAGCUGACUUCUACCUUGACAAGCUUAAUGCUAGUCCUGAAGUUACCAAAGAUUUGAGCCAAAGGUUUAGUGCAUCGAGCCUUCAUGAAGAACUAGUAAAGGAAUUGGAGGUCAUCAGAGCAAGUUCUAACAAAACUCUAUCUAUUUUUGGAAUGGAUGAGCAAUUUUUAAAAUUCUAUUCAGUUCAGCAGCCAAAACAGAUAACACAAUUCCAAUGGUUGUUGUGGAGGUCAACGCUUGGAAUGAUUCGCAAUCGACAACAGCUCUUGCUCAGGUUUAUAUUGUAUAUGAUGGUUGGCUUGCUGGUUUGUUUGCCUUACAUGAGUGUUCAGCUGGAUCAAGCAGGUAUCCAGAGCUUGCAGGGGUUUCACUAUUCCAUCAUAACAGAGACCAUCUUCUGCCAGACCUACUCCAUCCUGCACUGCUUCCCGUCAGAAAUAGCCGUCAUGUUGAGGGAGAUCAACAAUGGAGUCUACCAACCAGGGCCGUACUACCUCUCCAAAGCUGUGGUUGUGCUCCCCAGAGUUAUCCUGGAGACGUUCAUGUUCUGCCUGAUAGCCUUCAUGACAGUCGGGGUGGAGGGGGGCUCCUUAGGUUUUCUGCUGUUCUGUUCCCCCACCAUAGCAAGCGCUAUCACAUCCACUGCAUAUGGAUGUUGUAUGUCUGCAUUGUUUGAGAAUGUCUCAUCUGCAUCUCUACUCACAGUUCCGUUUGACAUCAUCUCAAUAUCUUUCUCUGGAAUAUUUUUGCAUAUUAGCACCGUGCCAAUUUACUUGAAAUGGGUCAAGUACAUAUCAAGAUUCUACUAUGGAAUCGAAGCAUUAUCCAUCUUACAAUGGAGGUUCAUAGAUGAUAUCCCUUGCUCGGAGACACCAGGCAUUCCAUGUAUAUCCACUGGGGAAGGAGUCCUAACCAAGUACGGUUUCCACGAAUACAACCUAUCAAUUGACUUUGUAGGUUUGUUUAUAACCUUCGUGAUCCUUCAUCUAGUUGGCUUCUAUGCCAUCAAACGAAGAAGUAAACAACAGAGUGUAUAUUAGAAGUGACUGCAUUCCGUCAACAUCAUUCUUUCCCAUGUAGCAAAAUCCCUCAUAAACGUUUUGUAAAUAUUUUUACUGAAUCGUAUAGUAUUAGGUUGGACAUAGAAAGUAUUGGUACGUACCACUUUAUGUUUACAGACAAUGACAAAUUUUAAAAUACCAUAUGUUGUGACUUGUGUAUACAGACACAUUAAAUGUUGAGACUUUUAUGCAAUAAACACAAACAAUAAACGAGAUAACAAAUGUAUUAACCAACAAAACUCAGUUGGUGAAGUCGAGUUUGAUCGAAGAAACGAGUUAAUUUUUCAUGCUCUUCCGUAAUUUAUCAAAAAAGAAUGAGGUUAAAAAUAGGUUGAUUAUAUAUUUUUUUAGCUACCUAUUCUAGGUUCUAGUUGUAAUUAACAAAUUGAGCCUGAUUUUAGGACUUUACUCCAAUUUAAUAAACACAAUUUUUAAUUAUUGCACGUGAAAAUAGUAAACUGGUAGGCCUAAUUUAUUAUUUUUAUCUACAAUGUGUGCUGAUUUUUUUCUUUUCUUCAACCUAAUACAACACUCUUGAGUAUUGUUUUUAUAUUCAAAAAUAUACUAAUACAUCCCACUGAUGAGUAUUUAUCAAUUUAUAUACAAUGCUAUGACUUUUAAAACAAUAAAUUGAGUUUAAGUUAAAGAAAUAUAGUCUAGGAGGAUAAAUUUAAGCGGUGUCCGUUCCUCUCUAAUUCUAUUUGUCAUGAAAGAUAUCUCUAUAACCCUUGUUACAUUAGUCAAACGUAAGUUUAUACGUUGUUUUGUAAAUAAAUAAAGUUUAUAUAGCUACCUAAGUUUUUAUUUC